AUGUCUUCUGCUCUCUCAGAGAUCCAAGCCCACCACCAGCCAGCCACCAAGCAGCGAUGGUGGAAAGUGCCACUCUUCAACCACAGACACCACGCCGACUCUCCAAGCCACCACCCGCCACCAACCGCAGACCAAUACUCCUCCUCAAGGACCCUCCCUCACCAGCACCACCACCACCAGCAGCAGAACCAGCCCAACAAGAUAUUUGGGUGCAAACUAGAGGACUCCUUGCAGUCAGCCUCAGUCGCCAUCUCGAUGAUCGGGGCGGAUAAGAAGGCAUACAUCUACGGCUUCAUCCCAGUCGUCGUCGCAAAGUGUGGCCUGUAUCUCAAGGAGAAGGGCACCGAGGUAGAAGGCAUCUUCAGGAUCUCAGGCUCAACUAAACGAAUGAAAGAACUCCAGGCUAUCUUCGAGGAAACCCCGUUCUAUGGAAAAGAUCUCGACUGGAGAUCAUCCCACUCCUCUCUCAACCAAAAUCCGCUCCAACCCCCUCAGAUUGACAACGAUAACCAUUCAUUAGAUGACUUCCAGAAACCUUAUUUCUCGAUACACGAUGCUGCCAACGUACUCAGGCGAUAUCUGAUGUGUCUCCCCGAGCCCCUGAUAUCCCAACCCAUGUAUGAGGACCUAAAAGGAGUUUUGGCGAAGUUCGAAGGGGAUCAACCAAAACAAAUCAAACUGUUCAAAUCUCUAAUCUCAACCCUCAGUCCAUCCGGGCAAUAUCUCCUACUCUAUCUCUUAGAUCUCCUAGCGGUCUUUGCCAACCGAUGUGACAAAAAUCUGAUGACGGCGAACAACCUGGCAGUAGUCUUUCAACCUGCACUCUGUCCAGCCAACCCGACGACGACCGACAAACUCAAUAAGAUCAUCUAUGCCCAACGUCAACCCCCACCACCCCCCACAGCAUCCGGCGAACCACAACCACAAUCAGCUAUCCAACAGGAGUCAUUACUCGAACAAGAAUCGAUAAUGAAGGAAGUCAAACAAGCUCAGGCAGUACUCGAGUUCAUGAUCCUCAACCAAAACCACUUCGUCAUCGGUCUUCGGCCCCAGACCAAGCCCACCAAUCCGCGCCACUCGAUCCUAGGAGGCUUAGGAAACGAGAAGACUUCACACGAUAGAUCAAGUGUUCAUAUCUGGGCGAGUGACGACGAGCGAUCGCCAUCCCAUCCUCCCUCGACCCCCCGACCGACGAGUUGCCAGAGCCGGCCCCACUCGAAAGACCCGCUCAUCGGCCUCCGGACCAGCGACAUCAAACGCAGCCACACCCUGCCCAGCAACAAUCCGAGCCCGAAACCCAACAAGAAGUGGAGCCAGUUGAUGGACCAGGCCGUCGGCAGCCCCGUCCCAUCUCAUUCGGAUCAGCCCCCACCCCAGUACGACCCUCCUCAAAACACAGACAGACCUAUGGCCGUGACUUCGUGA